AUAUAUCUGUUUUAAUAAAAAUGUCGAUUUGAACGAAAUUUAAUGCAUUUUUUUUCAAAUGGGAUUUUAAACAAAAUAAUUAAAUAGGUGCUACUUAAUGAUCCAUAUUUACAUAAGUAGAAGGACAUAGAAUCGUAAAUAUUGAUACUGUUAUAAAAACUCAUGUAUAACUAAAAAGAGUCGAAAACUUUUUAUGUAAACGAAGAAAAGUAACCUUAAUUUAAAGUUAUAGUAUCUAUUUUCCCGCGUUUUUAGCUUUUAUUAGAGACCAACGGUCCACAAAGUAGCAACAAGUGGAAAUUGUCCUUUUGUCUUUGAUUUAUUUUUUAUAAUAUUUUGGUAUAUAAAAUGCCGUCUCCGGCACCUUCUGAAGACGGUUCGAGGACUCCAAGACGUUCGGGAAGAAAUGUUGAAGGUUCCCGGACGCCAAGAAGGGAAAUUGCUCAAACACCAUCACGUAGAGGGAAUGCGACACCAAGAAGAGAAGAGCCGUCCCCAGCAAAAAGUACGACCUCGUCAAACAGAUCUCCAAGAAAGGGUCGGAACACUCCAGCUAAAAGCGUUUCCACCGUAGAUACCCCUAUGCGAUUUGGAGUUCCUAGAAAUGAUAUUGAUGGCCAAGCUGAAAUCCCUUCAUCACCAGCUCAUAGUAUUGCUCCCACAAGUCCUGGUACAGGUUUAGCAAUGAGCGAAAUUGAUUUGAGCUCUCCACUUAAUUAUGGUACACCUAGUUCUUUGGGUUCAAUUAGAACGCCUAGAUCUGGUAUUAGAGGAACCCCUAUUCGUAUGAGGCCAGAUAUUAGAUCCGAUAAAAGAAUUAGACAAGUUAAUGUCGGAGGCGAGGCAGCAUUAGAAGCCAUUCCGGAAAGUCAAGAAACAGAUUCAACAACACCACAUUUAGUUAUUUGGGGCACUAACGUAUCAGUUUCUGAAUGCAAGGGAAAAUUUAAACAAUUCUUACUACGUUUCAUAGAUCCUAAUGCUGAUGAAGAUGAAAUGACUAAUGAUAUGAACCUCAACGAACCACUUUACAUACAAAAACUAGAAGAAAUUCACACUUUAGAUGAACCGUUUUUGAAUGUGAAUUGCGCUCAUAUCGAAACAUUCGAUGCUAAUUUGUACAAGCAGUUAGUUUGUUAUCCUCAAGAAGUGAUACCGACUUUUGAUAUGUGCGUCAACGAGAUGUUUUAUGAAAAAUAUCCUGCAGCCGUCCUAGAGCACCAGAUCCAAGUUAGACCAUUCAACGCCGAGCGAACUAAGAAUAUGAGAUCAUUAAAUCCUGAAGAUAUUGAUCAGUUAAUAACAAUAAGUGGUAUGGUGAUCCGUACUUCCAAUAUAAUGCCUGAAAUGAGAGAAGCGUUCUUCAAAUGUAUUGUUUGUCAGUUUUGUACCACGGUUGAGAUCGACAGGGGUCGUAUUAACGAACCAACUUUAUGUACCAGCUGUAAUACCAAUCAUACAUUCACUCUUGUUCAUAAUAGAUCACAGUUUACCGAUAAACAGAUGAUUAAAUUACAAGAAUCACCUGAUGAUAUGCCUGCCGGUCAGACUCCUCAUACUGUCGUUCUGUUUGCUCAUAACGAUCUAGUAGAUUCUGUACAACCAGGAGAUCGAGUUACUGUGACUGGAAUUUAUAGGGCGCAACCUUUACAAGCUAAUCCGAGACAGAGGAACAUUCUUUCAGUUUAUAAAACUCAUAUUGAUGUAUUACAUUUCCGUAAAAUUGAUCAUAGAAGAUUGUAUGAAGAAGAAAACGGGAAAGAUCAUCGUUUUCCUCCUGAAAGGGUUGAACUUUUGAACAUUUUAUCACAAAAACCAGAUAUUUAUGAUAGACUCGCAAGAGCAAUAGCUCCUUCAAUAUACGAAAAUCAAGAUGUUAAAAAAGGGAUCCUGUUACAGUUGUUUGGAGGUACUAAGAAGUCAUUCGUAACAUCUGGCAGAUCAAAUUUCAGGGCUGAAAUAAAUAUUUUGUUGUGUGGUGAUCCAGGUACAUCAAAAUCUCAACUUCUUCAAUACGUUUACAAUUUGCUUCCAAGAAGUCAAUAUACUUCCGGAAAAGGUUCAUCAGCCGUUGGUCUAACUGCUUAUGUUACAAAGGAUACUGAAACCAGGCAGUUGGUAUUACAAACAGGAGCUCUAGUUCUGGCUGACAAUGGUAUUUGUUGUAUAGAUGAAUUUGAUAAAAUGAAUGAAUCAGCUCGUAGUGUCUUACACGAGGUAAUGGAACAGCAAACGCUCAGUAUUGCAAAAGCUGGGAUAAUUUGUCAGCUAAAUGCGCGUACUUCAGUAUUGGCAGGCGCGAAUCCAAGUGAAUCUCAGUGGAAUAAAAACAAAACUAUAAUAGAAAAUGUACAACUACCUCAUACGCUAUUGUCAAGGUUUGAUUUGAUAUUUUUAAUCCUGGACCCUCAAAAUGAAAUAUUCGACAGGAGAUUAGCAAAUCAUCUAGUUUCUCUUUAUUACAAAACGAGAGAUCAAGAAGAAGACGAAAUUUUGGACAUGUCUAUUUUGAGAGAUUACAUUUCUUACGCUAAAGAACACAUACAUCCAAAACUGAGUGACGAAGCAUCACAAAAAUUGAUACAGUCCUAUGUUGAUAUGCGUAAAAUAGGUUCCGGAAGAGGUCAAAUAUCUGCGUAUCCAAGACAAUUGGAAUCGUUGAUACGUCUGUCUGAAGCUCACGCUAAAGUUAGAUUCUCUCAAACCGUAGAAGUGGAAGAUGUCGAAGAAGCUUACAGAUUACACCGAGAAGCUUUGAAACAGUCAGCUACGGAUCCUUUGUCUGGUAAAAUUGACGUAUCUAUCCUAACAACCGGUCUAAGUAGCGCAGCCAGAAAACGAAGGUUAGAACUAGCUCAAGCAGUGAAGAAGCUGAUUGAAGAUAAGAGUCAAGCACCGACUAUCAGUUACCCCAAAUUGUUUACCGAAUUGAAAGAAAAUUCCGCCAUAAUGAUCACGAGAGAACAAUUUGAAGACGCCCUUAAGGAUCUCCAGGAUGACGGUAUGAUAGUUGUGAUGGGAAAAUCGAUGAUAAGAAUAGUCAGAAACAGGGAUUAAUCACAAUUAGACUAAAAUUUUGCGUUUCAAUAAAUAUUUUUUAUAAA